GCUGGGUGAUGGUAAGAGUGGUAUGGCAAUUAUGGAGAUAGGGCUUCUCUCAGGAUUUGCAGCCGACACAUUCAGUAUUACACACGUCAGAAUCAUGAAACGUGUAGAAGAAGGAGAAAAGAAAAUCAUCAUUUACUUUGAUGAAAUUCCAGGAGAUAUAGGAACAUGCAUUCAAGUCCGUAUGCAGAGAGAAGGACUUGUGGUCGGUAGUCAACCAGCUGUUGUAAAACUAUCCGACUAUUAUAAACCAGAAAACCACGCAUACAGUUUGUACCAGCCACGAUUGUUAAAAGAUGCCAAUGUAUGUAGUUUGUUGAAAAAAGAACUUGGAUGUUGAUUAUAAAUAAAACGAUACAAUCCGA